AUGACCUCUGCAGAUAUAUCCGAGAGCACCACCGACCCUCACGUCGAUGAGACGACGGCCUUGCUCGCUCCGCCGGCCAACGUAUCAGCAGACCAGCUUGACGACAAUGAACAUGGAGAAUUGAACAGCAAGCAUGCCGACGAGGACAAGCCGCUGCCGAAGGACCAGAUCUUCUUCCUUUGCUUCGCGCGUGUCGUCGAGCCCAUUGCCUUUUUCUGCAUCUUCCCCUUCAUCAACCAGAUGAUCUGGGAAACGGGCGAUGUUGCACAGACAGAUGUUGGGUUCUACAGUGGGCUGAUUGAAUCCCUCUUCUCGCUGACUCAAAUGCUGCUCAUGAUCCCUUGGGGCCGAGCAGCGGACUACUGGGGACGAAAGCCCGUGCUGGUGUUCUCCUUGAGCGGUGUCGCCGUUGCUACUGCCGUCUUCGGCCUCAGCAAGACGAUAUGGCAGAUGAUCCUCUUCCGCUGCUUUGCGGGCACAUUUGCGGGCACUAUUGUGACAAUACGAACGAUGAUCACAGAACAUAGCACGCAAAAGACUCAGGCCCGAGCAUUCAGCUUCUUCGCGUUCAGCGGUAACAUCGGGAUCUUUCUAGGCCCAUUACUCGGUGGUGCGCUUGCCAACCCGACCACGGUAUACCCGCGCGUCUUUGGCCAUAUCAGAUUCUUUCACGACUAUCCGUACGCAUUGCCGACGUUUGUGACGGGCUCAAUUGGGGCUAUUGCCACCGUAACCAGCGCGAUGUUCAUCAAAGAAACACUGGUCCGUAACCCCAAGUCUUCAUCCGCCCAUGAUCCGCCGCCCAUGACGACUCUCGAACUGCUGAGGUCCCCCAACGUCCCAAUCACGCUAUACAUCUAUGCACACGUCAUGAUGCUGGCGUUCGCCUACACAGCCAUCAUCCCAGUUUUCUACUUCACGCCCGUGUCGCUGGGCGGGCUCGGCUUCUCGCCGUUCCUGAUCUCCAUAUUCAUGGGCGUUGGCGGGUUCAGCCAGGCAUUGUGGCUUCUGCUCAUAUUCCCCUGGCUCCAAGCGCGCAUUGGCACGGGAGGCGUCAUGCGUCUCUGUGCCACGGCGUAUCCGUUCUUCUUUGCCGUCUUACCGCUGAGCAACAUCCUCCUUCGGAACCACCUGACCGCCGUCUUCUGGGUCGUGGCCCCGGUCAGCGUGGUCGUCGGCAGCGGCGUCAGCAUGUCGUUCACCGCCAUCCAGCUCGUUCUUAACGAUGUCACUCCCAGCCCUCAGGUGCUCGGGACGCUCAAUGCUAUCGCCCUCACAUUGGUGUCUGGAAUUCGUGCCUUUUCGCCUGCCCUGUUUGCCAGCCUGUUCGCCGCCAGCGUGAGGAGCCGUAUCUGGGGUGGCCAUCUUAUUUGGAUUCCCAUGCUCGCUCUGGCUUUUGGCUUUACCGUGGUCAGCCGCUGGGUGCCGGAGAAGGACAAGAUUAGCAAGGAUGGUGUCGAGGUGGACGACGAGUGA